CAAUAACAAUGGGUUCCGAAUCUUUUCCCAAGCUGCCCUUCUUAGAUUUCUCCAAGCUGGAACUGAGCAGCGUGGGAAGUCCAGAGUGGGAAUCCUUGAAAUCUCAAGUUCGCGAGGCGUUGGAGGAGUACGGCUGCUUCGAGGCGUCUUACGAUAAGAUACCUUCCGACCUUCGCAACGCCUUCUUCGGAUCCAUGGAAGAGAUUUUCGAGCUUCCUUUGGAGACCAAGAUGCGGAAUGUGUCCGACAUACCGUACCAUGGUUACAUAGGAAAUCAUCCUAGUGUUCGGCUGUACGAGAGCUUGGGGAUAGAUGAUGUCGCGGUGACUGAAAAGGUUGAAGCUUUUGCCAACUUGAUGUGGCCUGAAGGAAACCCAGAUUUCAGCAAACAAACCCACUCCUUGGUGGAGCAACUUUCAACAUUGGACAUGACAGUGAGAAAAAUGAUCGCUGAAAGUUUUGGGCUUCAAAAAUAUGUGGACGAACACAUCAACUCCACAGGUUACCUGCUGCGGAUCAUGAAGUACAAUAGUCCUAACACCACUGAUACUGAAGUUGGAGUUAAUUCACACACAGAUAAGAAUUCACUGACCAUAUUGCAUCAAAAUCAAGUUGAGGGGCUGGAAGUGCAGACCAAAGAUGGCAGCUGGAUCAAAUUCCAACCCUCUACUCCAAACUCUUUCAUCGUUAUAAUUGCUGACUGUCUUAGUGCUUGGUUGAAUGGUCGACUUCAUUCAACGUAUCAUCGAGUUAUGAUGUCGGGAAAUGAGGCGAGAUAUUCUUUGGGUCUAUUCUCAUUCCCAAAAGCUGAUUACCUUAUAAAAGUCCCAGAAGAAUUGGUUGAUGAACAACAUCCCUUGCUGUUCAAGCCCUUCUAUCAUAAGGAACUUCUUUCAUUUUUCUACACUGAAGUUGGCCAAGCAGCCCCUUCUGCUUUGCACGCAUUUUGCGGUGUAUAA